AUGGAUUCAGGUUCAAACCUCUAUGGUGAUGGUGAUGGUGAGGUACGCCAAAGACUGCAGGCCAAAACCAAGCUCAUCCAAACGGCAAAUGUCACAGCCAAAGUCGUAUACCGGAAAUCCGAAAUGGCUCAUUCAACUGUGGAGGCUGUUGUGUUGACAGCGGUGACGAUGGCAAUUCUCGCCGGAAUUUGUUUCUAUUUUUUCUACAGGUAUGUUAUGGCGAAAAAGAGAUGGGUUGAUAUGAGUCUGAGAAUUGGACCAGAGGAUAAAAUCAUGGAUACCCGAGAACUCCGGCAACGAGGUGGGACACUCAAAGGAGUAUUGGUCGAAGAAAAUGGUUUGGAAGUUCUUUAUUUGAGGAAGCUCGACGGUGGGCAACUACGGACUUGCGUCUGGAAUUCCAUCGAAGAAGACGAGAAAAGAGUCGAUACUCGACUUGAUUUUUCUUCAAUCGUUUCAGAAUCCUUUCGAAAUCCUCCUCCAUCUCUUCUUCCGUCGCCAAUAGUUAAAUCAAAGACGACGCCGCCGCCACCACCACCACCUCCGCCUCCACCGCCACCACCGCCGUUGCAGACGCCAUCAGUUCCACCGCCGCCAUUGUUGCAGAAGCCAUCGCCACCAAUUCCACCACCGCCACCACCAUCUAGAACGAUAGGAACGAAAGUACCGCCACCACCGGGAUUCACGAGAAGGAACGCUGUAGCGCCGCCGCCACCACCGUUGAAUUUAGGAAGUUUUAGUUCAUCGAUGAAACCACCUACUGCACCAAAAGUAAAGGCGGAUGAUCGGAACGAACAAGGUUCAAAAGACAAUCAUCAAAUCCCCAAAAAGAUGAAGCCGUUCCAUUGGGAUAAAGUGAAUACCGAUGCAGAUCACUCCGUCGUGUGGAAUGAAAUCGUCGACGGAUCUUUGAGGUUCGAUGACGAACUUAUAGAAACCUUAUUUGGAUACAACGCAACAAAGAGAAACUCUUCUGAAACAAAACACGUAUCUCCUAAAUUCAAUUCAAAUCCCUCCCAAUUUUCUAUUCUGGAUCCUCGAAAAUCACAAAACACCGCAAUCGUACUCAAAUCUCUAGCAACUUCCCGGAAAGAAAUCCUUGAUGCUCUUUCAGAGGGCAGAGGAUUAAACGGAGAUAUCCUUGAGAAAUUAACAAAAAUCUCACCAACUGAAGAAGAAGCUUCGAAGAUUCUACAAUUCAAUGGAAACCCAACGAAACUCCCAGAUGCUGAAUCGUUUCUCUAUCAUAUACUCAAAUCAAUCCCGACAGCUUUCACUCGGAUCAAUGCAAUGCUUUUUAGAUCGAAUUAUGAUCCAGAAAUAUUGCAUCUAAAAGAAUCCCUGCAAACCCUAGAACUUGGAUGCAAGGAAUUAAGAGCUCCUGGGAUUUUCUUGAAACUUCUUGAAGCAAUUCUGAAAGCAGGUAAUCGGAUGAAUGCUGGAACUGCUAGAGGGAAUGCUAAAGGGUUUAAUCUUAGUGCUCUUAAGAAACUUUCAUACGUUAAGAGCAUUGAUGGGAAGACAACUCUCCUUCAUUUUGUUGUGGAACAAGUAGUUCGAGGUGAGGGUAAACGAUGUAUGAUAAAUAAUUCUAAAUUUGGGAGAAGCAAUAGUUAUGGAAGCAGCAGAAGUGAUCAAGAUUCUGACACCAUGAUAGCAAAAGAAGAGAGGGAUAGACAAUAUUUAAUGCUCGGUUUACCUGUUCUUGGAGGAUUAAGUACAGAUUUCUCAAAUGUGAAGAAAGCUGCCAUGGUAGAUUAUGAUAGUUUCAUGAGCAUGAGUCCGAAUUUGUGGGGGAGGAUUAGUGAGAUCAGGGAGCUUGUGAAAAACUGUGGGGGAGGUGGAUUUGUGAAGGAGAUGAAGGAAUUUCUAGAAGAAUGUGAAGAGGAGCUUAAGGUUGUGAGGGAUGAACAAACUAGGGUUAUGGAGCUUGUGAAGAAAACUACAGCUUUUUACCAAAUUGGAUCUUUGAAAGGGGGACAUGCCCUUCAAAUAUUUGAUUUUGUGAAAGAUUUUCUUGAUAUGGUGGAUCAAGUUUGUGUAGAUCUUAGAGGGAAAGUGAAGAAGAAGAAUGUGAACAACAUUGGACCUUCAUCACCACGAAUGUCACCAUUGAUGUUCCAAAACUUGCAGUAUUUUAAACCUGGAAAUUGUAGUGAUUCAGAGGAUGACUUCUGA